GCACUGAUAGGUGGCACUGAUGAUGGGUACUGAUAGACAGCACUGAUAGGUGGCACUGACUGGCAUCACCGCUGGGCACUGACUGAUGGCACUGACUGGCGGCACUGCAUUGAUGGGCACUGGUGGGUGGCACUGGUGGGCACAGGGGUGGCACUGGUGGGCACAGGUGGGUGGGGCACUGCUGGGUGGCACUGCUGGACACAGGUGGGUGCACUGCUGGGCAUAGGUGGGCGGAAACUGGUGGGUGGCAAUGAUGAUCGCGUGUCAUUGGACACGGCUGAUCACGUGGUAAAAGGCCGCUGUGAUUGGCCU